AUCAUGAUUUGUAGUUUGAAGUAAAAAAACUAUUUAUGAAUGCACCUAUUCUGCAGAUUAAUCGUGCUCGUAACCAGAAUGGCAUCCAUGUCUGGGGAACAGAUAUACCUGGUCCUAUUUUAUUCCUUGACGAGUUAAAAACAGAAUAUAAUGUGGCAGAAGUUAUAGUGGAUAAUCUUCGUAAUCAGGGGUUUGUCGAACCAAUGCCCAUUCAGAUGCAAGCUUGGUCGCUCAUGUUACAAGGAAGGGAGAUACUCGCAAGUGCUCCUACUGGCUCAGGAAAGACUGCAGCAUUCCUUGUUCCUAUCCUUCACCAGCUAGAAGGGCCUCGUAAGAAAGGCUUUCGUGCUGUGCUGUUAGCACCAACUCGUGAAUUAGCCAAGCAGACACAUAGAGAAUGUGUUCGUUUGUCGGAAGGACUAGGAUUUCGAGCUCACAUUAUAAGUAACGUUAAUAGAGCUAAGAAGAAAUUUGGUCCUAAUUCUUCCAAAAAAUUUGAUAUUCUUGUAACAACUCCUAAACGCUUGGUAUUCUUACUACAAGAUGGAGAUACCCCAAGUGUUGAUUUAUCAAAUGUUGAGUGGCUUGUGAUUGAUGAAAGUGACCGACUGUUUGAAGGAGGAGUCAGUGGUUUCCGCGAUCAGUUAGCUAUUAUUUAUCAAGCUUGUACUAAUUCCAACAUCAGACGGGCUCUUUUCUCGGCAACCUUUGCUUAUGAAGUGCAGGAGUGGUGUAAAUUAAAUUUAAACAAUGUUGCCAUGGUGUCUAUUGGUAACAGAAAUACAGCCUCAGGAGAUGUUAAGCAGGAGUUACUAUUUUGCGGGGCAGAACAUGGAAAGUUGGUAGCUCUUCGUGACAUCCUUAGAAAGGGUUACAAACCUCCUGUGUUAGUGUUUGUCCAGACCAAGGAAAGAGCUAAAGAAUUAUUCCGGGAGCUCAUAUAUGAAAACAUUAUGGUUGAUGCUAUUCAUGCAGAUCGUACACAGACCCAGGUAUGUGUUGUUUCCUUGAGCUUUUUGUUUCAACUGCAGUUCUGUUCAUCUUAAAAUUAUUGGAAAUUG